CGGGCCGGCGGGAGGGGCGAGGCCUGGUGGCGAGUAGCGGCGGCGGAAGAGUCACUGCCGGCCCACCCGCGCUCGGGACGGCGGCGGCGGCGGAGGAAGCGACGAGCCGAUUGGAUAUGAGAGAAGUAUAAGGUAAAGAGUGACGCUGAAGAAAGAUGAGAUUUGGCUGUCUUUCCUUCCGGCAACCCUAUGCUGGAUUGGUUUUGAACAAAGUCAAAACUAUAGAGACUCGUUGGCGUCCUUUGCUGUUAGACUACAAGAACUGCACUAUUGCUAUUCACAUAGCUUUCAAGGACUGGGAAGAUGAAACAUGGAAAGAGAUCCUUCUGAAUAGACUUGGCAUGACACCUAUGCAAGUUCAAGAGUUAUUAGAUAAAGGGGAAAAAUUUGGCAGAGGAGUUAUUGCUGGGCUGGUUGACAUUGGAGAGACCUCACAAUGUCCAGAAAAUUUAUCUCCUGAAAAGAUUUUGGAGCUGGAAAAUCAAGCUGUACUCACUAGCCUGGAGCAGAAAUACUUGACUGUUGUUUCAAAUCCAAGAUGGCUACUGGAACCGAUUCCUGCUAAAGGGGGCAAAGAUGUAUGGCAAGUGGAUAUCCCACAGGAACUGAUCCCUUUGGAACAUUAAGAUCUCAAGGCAGAGUCACCAGUUGCUGUUUUAUCACACAGUGGAACAGCAGAAGAAAUUGAGACAGCAGAAUCAACCUGAGCUGAAACAUGUGGAGUUUCUGCUAUAGAAAGGUCCAUCGCCAAUCCUCCUUUCUCACUUCGACCUAUUUCAGCUGUAGUCAUUUAUGCUAUUAGUUGAGCUUCAUGCUCCUAGACAGAGGUAUAUUAAAAUGAUGCUAGCUUACAGUGAACUUCAAUAAAGGAGUUCUAGAACAUCAUAAUGAUACCUGUGGUGUGCGGCUGUGACAUAAUAAAACAAUUGGUUUCCUAGCAAACUGAGGUAGUAAUGGCCAGACAAGUUAUAGCAUUUAUAUUUCAUUUACAAGAGAUGAGAUCUAAUCUACAAAAGGUCUCUUUAUGUAAAUAAAGCAUGUACUGAUUGGACAGGGCCACUGUCCCAUCCCCCCAGAGGCAGUCAUUUCUACAACAGGGAUGAGGGAAGUUUGUACUAUUGCUAUGGUUGAGAAUAAAGGGAGAAAUUUGUUCGA